UCUGUUUUGUGGUUUUGUAAUUUGCGUUCGAAUAGUCCGAACACUACUGUAGAUCAUCAAAUUACUGAAUUUGAAUUUAUUAUUGCUAAAGUUGACGUUGAUGCAGUCAAUAGUAAAGCCAUAUGAUACAAUAACUUCAAUAAGAAAUUGGAAGGAUAUAGACUCAUUAUGGAAGAGAUUUUUUUUUGUGAUUUAAGCCUAUAGACAUUUUUUCAACUUAUGGAUCCCCACUGUAUCGAAAUGGCCAAUCAAUCUUGUGGAAAUAUUGAUAAAUCGAGAGAUAAAUAUCCUUGUUGUAUCGUAUGGACUCCAAUACCUCUUUUGACAUGGCUAUUUCCUGUAAUUGGCCACAUGGGUAUUGCUCUUUCUUCAGGCAUUAUUAGAGAUUUUGCUGGACCUUACUAUGUCUCCGAAGAUAAUAUGGCUUUUGGACGACCAACUAAAUAUUGGCAAUUGCACCCUUCAUUAGCCCAUGGAGGUAUUAGUGGAUGGGAUGCUGCUGUUACAGAAGCAUCCGAUAUUUAUAAGGGUCGAAUGCAUAACUUAUUUUGUGAUAAUUGUCAUUCUCAUGUUGCAACUGCCCUUAACUUGAUGCAGUAUGACGAUUCAACUAAUUGGAAUAUGGUUAAGCUGACAUUUUUAAUGUUAAUUCACGGCAAAUACGUUUCAUUUAUGGGAUUCCUUAAAUCUUGGUUACCAUUUGGAAUUUUGGUUGCAAUAACCAUCAUCAUUGUUAUGUUUUCUAUGUAAUAUGCCAAUUUCAUUUUUGUUUUAAUUUUAUUAAAUUUUGUAUAUAAAUUUCAAAAUUUA